UCACUUGUAUGUGUGUACGUCGCCAUAACCCUUAGAGUACCGCGGAUUCGUACGUUGCGAGGAUGAAACUCCGGAGCUAUUUUGACCAACAACGUAAUUAGAACGGAAAAAUUGAUUUAUCGGCAAUUCAGUAAAUAAAUAACGCCGGACAAGUGAUUCUAAGACACUGUCGAAAAGAUGCCGGCGAUACUAGUUGGACCGCCGCAACGCAAUGAACAAAUGUGGCAGGCUUUAAAGACUCAUAUUAUGAGAGAACGACAACGAAAGAAACAAGAACAAGAAGCCGAUGCCGAGGAGGAACGCUUACGCAAGGAGAGAGAGCGUCAGCAGAAACAAGAUGUAAUGACAUUAGGCGAAACACGAGAGCAAAUCUCAAAUCUGGACAAUGAACUGUCUCAAUUGAAAGCAGAGAAGCAUCAAUUGUUUCUACAAUUAAAGAAAGUACUAAACGAGGAUGACAGAAGGCGACAGCUCAUAAAAGAGACUAGCGUUUGCUCGGAAGUCUCUACAACAGUAGGAGGGUAUCCUGCGACAGGUCCAAGAGUGGUACAUCCACAAUUGUUUUUACCAUUACCACGUAGCAGCAGUCCUCUCUACAAGGUUGCUGUUGGUACACCGACACAUCUGUUAUCAAGUGGGACUUUAAAGAGGACCCAUACCCCAUCGCCGCCGCCUGCUGCAUCUUCGUAUCACAGCGCAUAUGGCUACAAACCGCCACCAUCUAUCCCAAGCUACAAUCCACCUCCUCCUAAAUCUGAGGAUGCUAGGAGAUCCGGUGAUGCCCGAGCAGUUCUUUGGAAUAAGAAUAAUCAGUACUCCGCAUCGAAUUUUUACUCAGCGCCUGCAGGCCAAAGUGUUUACAGUUAUUCCGCACCUGUGUCACAAUCGUCUCGAGAAUCCUCAGAAUCCAAGCCCGUUUAUCUUUCGGGCGGUAGAGCACCAUUAGCUACGCAUCAGACUGCAUAUGUAACUAAUUUGCACUCGAUGGAGCAUAAGGGCGCUUACGGCGAAGACAAGUUUUAUCUCCGACCGACAAAUCACGUUACCGUUCACGGAGGAGCUAUCCCGAUUCAACAACCACCUCAGGGAGCCAAAACAGGUGGGAUUACUUCGGGUUAUCCUGUGCGAGCACCUCAACCGCCACCACCUAGUUCAUAUCCGCCGCCACCGCCACCGUCUCCUGGUACCUAUGUGAGUGGUUCAGCUGCCAACGUUCCUGGUAGGCUAUUGUAUACGCAACCUAGUGCUCGCUACCUUCAACGGGAGAUAUAGAAUCAUAUUCUUUAAUGAAAGAUUUUAAUCUUUAACAUCUUUUCGUUCUUUCCCAUGCAGGGUGUAGAAUAUUAAAAUGUCUAUAGAAUUGCAAUCUGCGUUUAAUGAACUGAGCAAUAAUACUUAUUGUUAGUCGAUAUUUAUUUAUAUUUUGUAAAACACUAUGUAAAUUAAUGCACUUUAAACAUAUAGUAUAAAGAAUUAAUUGUCUGAAAUUAAAUUAAAAAAGAAAAGUACUUUUAAUCAAAAUUUACAUCUUAUUUAUGCUAUUUUCAAGUAUCAAAAUAUUUUAAUAUUGUUUUAUUUUUUUAAUUUUUUUACACAAAAUUACCAAUCAGCUCAAAGUUAAAAAAAAGAUUGUUUUUAGAAUUUUCAAUUUAUAUUGAAGCAGUUAUUUUUAGAAAUGACUUUGAAACAUUAUUUUGUGAAAAUAUGUGAUUCGCAUAUAAUUGAUCUUUUUUCCUGCGUUUUCCUGUUGCGUUUAUUAAAUAAUGAAUUUCAUUAAAUAUAUCAAGUGCAAUUGUGAAAAAAAUGCAUAUGUAUAAAGUGUAGAUUAUAUACUCCCCACGCAAAUCACAACUUAAAGAUUAUUAUACGAAGCAGUGUAAUUUUAAUUAUAAAAUAGUAAAAUUUAUAAUUAUAUAAUUUGGUCGUGUAUGUGACAAAAAAAUAUAAUGCAAAGUAUAAUACA